AGGCCCGGGCUGGGCCCGCCCGCCGCGGCGUGAGCAUGGCCGGCUUCGCCGACCUGAACCUGCCGCACGGGCCGGACAAGAAGUCCCUGCAGAGCCUGCUGGAGGCCGCGGCGCACCUGGGAUAUUCUGUAGUUGCACUUAAUCAUGUCAUCGAUUUUAAAGAAAAGAAACAGGAAAUCAUCAAGCCAGUAUCCCCUUCAGAGUUGUUUCCAUCUUUACCUAUUGUACAAGGGACAUCUAAAAAAAUUAAAGUCUUGACCCGGCUCACACUUAUUGUUUCUGAUCCUUCCCAUUGUAAUCUCUUGAGAUCAACAUCUGCAAAUAUAAGGUUAUAUGACAUCAUAGCAGUAUUUCCAAAAACUGAGAAACUGUUCCAUAUUGCUUGCACAACAUUAGAUGUGGAUCUGGUCUGCAUAAAUGUAACUGAAAAGUUGCCAUUCUACUUCCGAAGGCCCCCUGUGAAUAUGGCAAUAGAUCGAGGCAUUUACUUUGAACUUCUUUACACGCCUGCCAUCAAAGACUCUACAAUGAGAAGAUACACAAUUUCAAAUGCCAUCAGCCUGAUGCAGAUCUGCAAAGGAAAGAACAUAGUUAUAUCUAGUGCAGCUGAAAGGCCUCUGGAGCUCCGAGGUCCUUAUGAUGUGGCUAAUCUAGGUUUGCUGUUUGGCCUGUCAGAAGGCGAAGCAAAGGCAGCUGUGUCCACCAACUGCAGAGCAGCCAUGCUGCAUGGAGAAACCCGAAAGAGUGCCUGUGGUGUAGUGUACACCGUGAAGAAGCCUCGCAAGGUUGAGGAGGAAGAAACAGCAGUGCCAGCCUGCAAAAAAGCUAAGACUCAAGUUUGAGGACUGAACCAGUUGUCAACAGAAGCUUCCAUCUCUUCUUUGCCCAGUGUUGAGUCUUCCUCCAACCUCCAGCCAACCUAAUUUUUCUCUUACUACCUUGCUUAGCCUGCAGAAGAAUUAUUCUUCCAGCAUUCAAGUGAGGAAAACUGUGUAUGCAUGAGACUGCUGAAUGGUAUUCACCACAUCUGAAGGGUCAUGCUGGGCUUCUGGCUGAGGUCAGGAGACUGGCUCUUCACUCUGCCCUAGGUCUCCUGGAGUUAACGCAAACUCAACAGAGCAUUUCUAACGUGGAAAUUUUUACUUGUAUGUGUGCAUUCCUUUUUAUUAAAAACAUGUCUAAGAAAAUAUGCCUUCAUAGUAUAGCUCUUCUGGUUUCUCAAGUUUUAAACACAUCUCUGUACAACUGCAAGCCAGUAGACUAAGUUAACUUCAAGUGGCCUGUGAAGAAAAAUAAUAAUACAGUAAAAAAAAUUGCUUCCGA